UCUCUUGUGUCUAAUAGUUCUAGAUGAACAAACAGGCAUUUCAAAACUUGCAAUGAAAACUAAUAAAAAUUAAAACCAAACAUGUCAGUUUUUCAGAACCAAUGGCUGCGUCUUCCCGUCACUCAAUCUCUAUUCUCCAAGUUGAUUCCCAGAACCUAUGCAGCAGUGUUAUCCACAAGACAAUGUCCCGUUUGGUGUCAUUCACUGGCUCGUAACACCACUGUGCCCUCUACUCCAGGUAUUGUGGAGCAGGUUGUGGACAAUACUUCUGAUGCACCUAAAGUGAAAGUAUUGAAAGAGAGAAUGGAACUUCUGGGCAUCAGCUUGGGAAACUCUUGUUUGCCCGGGCAGUACCAUAAUCUGUUUUGUCCAAAAUGCAAAGGUGGGCAAUUAAAGGAGAGGAGUUUGUCUUUUCACAUUAUCUCGAAUGGCGAAUUUGCAAUGUGGAGAUGUUUUCGAGCUAAAUGUGGUUGGGCUGGUCAGGUUUUUGCAGAUGAUCAGGAAUUGUACAGUGGGGUUUGUACCACCGCCAAGUUUUCUAGAAAAAUAGCGGAUGAGAGCUUAGGAUUGGAACCACUUGGUCCUAAGCUUGUUGCGUACUUUAGAGAGAGACUGAUAUCAGAGAAAACCCUGAGCAGAAAUGCUGUUAGACAACUGUCUGACAAUAAGGCAGUCAUUGCUUUUACUUAUAAACAAAAUGGGUUGCUUGUUGGUUGCAAAUACAGAGCACUGGAGAAAAGAUUUUGGCUGGAAAGAGGCACGGACAAGAUACUAUAUGGAAUUGAUGACAUUAGACAAGUAUCUGAAAUCAUCAUUGUUGAAGGGGAAAUUGAUAAGCUUUCACUUGAGGAGGCUGGCUUUCGGAAUUGUGUUAGUGUUCCAGUGGGUGCACCAGUAAAGGUUUCUUCAAAAGAUUUGCCACCAAUAGAGAAGGACAAUGCAUUUCAGUACCUUUGGAACUGCAAAGAGUACUUGGAUAAGGCAGUUCGCAUUAUCCUGGCAACUGAUAAUGAUUCUCCAGGUCAAGCUUUAGCAGAAGAACUGGCACGGCGCCUUGGCCGAGAAAGGUGUUGGCGUGUGCUCUGGCCGAAGAAAGAUGAAUUCAGCUCUUUCAAAGAUGCAAAUGAGGUUCUCCAAUGCCUUGGAGCUGAUGCUUUGAAGAAAGUAGUUGAGAAUGCAGAGCCAUAUACAAGUGCCAACUAGGUAAUUCCAUCCAUGGAGCUGGAUAUUGCUUUCAGUGCUCAAGAUCCUGAACUACUAUUAAAAUUUAGUCAUACCAGAAAAUGUAAUGAAAAUUGUGGUGCUCAUAUUCAUAUUCUUUUCAAUUAAAUUGGUAUUGAGAUA